AUGACGACGCUAUAUAUCUGGGGUAGUGAUGCCGGGGUCAGUGCCAUCUUCCCCGAGUGCCAAGCGGCUGUGUGGCUAGCUGACGGUGCCACUGACGUCGUCGCUGCCAACAAUACCAAUCUUCUGAGCGUGGGGGAGCUUCCGGUGAUGAUCUCCGAUACCAACCGCUACCAAGGGUACGUGGCGAUUGCCACCCAGCUAGGGCUCAAAUUCACCCUUGAACAGCGGGCGUUGGUCCACCUUUUGUUGGACAAGAUGCUGGCGGUGGCGAAUUACGUCUACUUCAUCAACAGCCGCAACUACGAAGGGUACACCCGCAAGCAGUUUGCCCGCUACUUCCCGUUCCCGAUGAUGUACAACCAGCCGCUUCAAUUUUACGGUUGGGCGCAGCACCAGGCUCAGUACGCUGGGUUAUCGACGAAUAAAGGCGGGUUCUUCUCGUUUGACGUGGUGGGACCCACUGAGUACGUCAACGACGAUAACGACGACGAAAUCGUUGAAGAAGACGAAAAACAACUCCCGGCGAUGUCUCGUCUCCACGAACGUCAAUUGGUGAAAAAAUCACAAACAAAAGCGGCCUUGAAAGAGGCUAAUAACGCUGCUAAGUGCUUACACUUACUCGACGAAAUCCUUACUCCGUUGAAGGAUGCGGCUGAACUGAAGGUGGUGUUCCCGCUCUUGGUGGCGUAUAUCCAGAGCUUGACCAAUCCCGAUCUUCCUGAUCAAUUUGCCGCUACUUACUUAAACAAUAAGUAUGCUGAUCUUGUGAGCCAAGCUCAGACGCUGGCGAAACUGUGGGAGGGCGACCUGAGGCUGAUUAGAGGACCACAAGGCCUUGAACGUCCCUCGUUGACUAACGAAAUCCGCUACGCCCUCGGCCAAUACGUUUAG